AUGGAUGAUUUGCUGGAAGAUAUAUGUAUUUGUGAAAAUGAUAAUGUAGAAAAUGAACAACCAGUAACAACAACAACAACAACAACAACUAUAACAAAAACAUUAACAUCUACUGUUCAAAUGCAAAAGAAAAAGAAAGGUGUUUUUCGUAAAGAAUGGUUAUCUAUGAAAGAAUACUCGAAAUGGUUACAAGAAGUCAAAACUGAUUCAACACAAGCUCGAUGUAAAGCCUGUUCAAAAACUUUUUCUGUUCGUUGUGAUGGUAAAACAGCACUUGAUAAACAUAUGAAUCGUGAUGCACAUAAAACAUCAAUGAAAACAUUUGAAAAAUCUACAUUAAUCACAACACUUACAAUUCCGGCAAGUGAAUCAGAUAAAAUUUCAGCUGCUGAAGGUAUGUUGGUGUACCAUGGAGUUAAACAUGGACACAGUUAUGUUUCACAAGAAUGUGGAACUAAUUUGGUAAAAACACUAUUUGAAUCAUCAUCAUCAGUAGCAAAAUCGUUAUCAUGUGGUAAAACGAAAUCUAGAGCAAUUGUAUGUAAUGUAUUUGGACCAUAUUUUACAAAAAAAAUAGUUGACGAAGUAUUAGAAGCACGUUUUUAUUCAUUAUCAUAUGAUUCUUCAAAUAAAGGAAACUGCAAGACAUAUCCAUUUACUGUACAAUUUUUUUCAGAUGUUGGUGUUAAAAGGGCACUUAUUCAGCUCAUUGAAGAUCCAUAUGAAACAGCAGAAGAUAUAUUUCAAAAUGCGUGUAAAAUAAUAAAUGAUUUUCAAUUAAAAAUUGAAAAUUUGACAAGCGUUGGUGCUGAUAACACCAACGUAAAUUUUGGUGAGCAUCAUUCAGUAUUUCAACUAUUUAAAAAUGAAGUACCACAUAUUGUACAAGGAAACUGUUAUGCACAUAUAUUACAUAAUGCAGCUAAACAUGCACACGACGUUUUACCAAUUGACAUUGAAAGCGUUUUAUGUAAAAUUUAUUCCCAUUUUUCAAGAUCAGCUAAACGAAUCGAAGAAUUAAAAGCAUAUUAUGAAUUUGUACAAUCUGAAUAUAGUACGUUAUUGCAGCAUAUUCUUACGAGGUGGUUAAGUUUAUUGCGUUCUGUUGAACGUUUACUUGAAAAAUAUGAACCUAUAAAAUUGUAUUUUUUAAAUCAACCAACAACAAUAAAAAAUCAACAACUCUUAAAGUCUUUCUUCGAUAGUACUGAUGGUUUAUGUAUUUUAAAUUUUUUACAAAAUCUAUUAAAUGAAAUUCAACGAGCUGAUUUACAACUACAACGUACAUAUACAACAGCAGUUGAUCUUCAUCGUAUAAUUAGUGGUUUAGUUAAAAAAUUACAACAAAGAUUACAUGAUAAAUAUUUCGGUAAUACUACACACGAAAUAUUGAAACAAUUACAGGAAAUUGAUGCAAAUAAAGCGGAAGAAUUGAAACAAUCAUUUGAAUCAUUUAUUAAAACUGUUAUUGAAUAUAUUAAAUCUUAUUAUGAUGAUGAUACAAGACAGUUUUAUGAAAAAUUAUCAUUUUUUAGUUAUCAAUCACUUGAAUUUCUUGCAUGGGAACGUCUUAUGGAUGUUGCUGAUUUAAUUAAAGUAAAUGAUUUGAAUAAAGAUGAAUUGUAUAGUGAAUAUUGUGAAAUCAGAGUUUUAUACGACAAUUUAAUAAAAACAGAUAUUAAAUUAAGUGAUCAAAUCAAGUCGUAUAUCUCAAGUAAGAAAGACUAUGUUCCAAUAUCAACAGUAAAUGAUAAUUCAGAUAGUUUAUAUGAUAAUAAUGAUGAAGAAGUUGAAUUAGUACACAAAAAUCAGAAGAAAGAUGAAUAUGUACGAUCCGAUCACUUCUGGUCUUAUUUACUGAAUAUCAAUCCAAAUUCAACACCAAAUAUGAAAAAAAUUAUAUGUUAUAUAUUUUCGAUUCCUUGUACAAAUGCAUAUGUAGAAACAAUUUUUAGUCAUAUGAAACAUGCAUGGUCUGAUUAUCGGAAUCGUAUGGAUAUCGAAUUAGUUGAUGCUGAGUUGAAAAUAAGAAUGAAUUCUGAUUAUCCUUGUGCAUAUAUGUAUAAAUAUCUUUUAUCUCAACCUGAUAUAUUGAACAAAAUUCGAACAAAUGAAAAAUAUCAACAAAAGAAACGUCGUAAUAUUGAAUGA